CUUUCUGCUCUUUUCCAUUUCAUUACUAUAUUGAUAUUUUUUCAAUUGACUAUUUCUCUUCCACGGCAUAAUAUAAAUAUAAAAAUUCAAGUUGUUGAUACCGCAAUACAGCAUCCGUACAGCAUGGCCAGAGGACCGCCCGCCUCCUCCUCUCCCACCACGGCGACACCUCCGUUGAAACGGUCGACCUCGAGCACACAGAAUAUGAAAAACCAAAAAUCGAUCUUGGGAUUCUUCCAAAAGUCUUCUCCGUCGUCGACUCCAGCGAUCCGAAAUGCAGAACCCGCAUCUUCCCCGGCUCAGAGGGCCUCCGCGAGUCGUGGUUCUGCCGCGGUCAAGCGCGAAGAGAAGAACGGGAAAAAGAAGGCUCCCCCGAAAUUCGCACAGGAUUUAACACCAGUACCAAGCAGUGAUUUAGUCCUUCCUGAGGAUGAGGAGGAAGAUGAGAAGCAGAUGAGCCCUGCGGACAAUCUCAAGAAGAAAACCGCUUCGCCAUCGCGUCGAGCUGCGAAGAAAGUUAACUACAUGGAGUCCGGCUCCGAAGGCGAAGAUGACGAUGAGGAGAUCUUCCGUCCAUCGCGAAAGGACAGCAGGCUUUCAAAACGUAGGAAAGUCUCACCUGAAAGUGAUGAUGAAUUUGAACAAGGUGGACAGGACGGUGGCUACUCCGACGAUGAAAUGGACGAUUUCGUUGUGCCCGAUGAAUCAGAUGAAGAGGCGAAGCCAACUAAGAAACGCAAGAGACCCUCUACCCAACCGAGGACUAGCAAGUCUUCGUCUAUGCCGCCACCGCCAGAGGGAGGUGAAGAUGUCGAUCUAGAUAUUCCGGAUGGCUCAUCUGGCGGCUCUGCUGCCAUGAAGUGGACAUAUGAUCCAGAAAACUCAGAACCUCGUCAGCCUCGAGCUAGCCCAGCCACACCGAAAACCCCGUCGGGGAAGACCAAACAGAAAGCUCAUACCACUGAGCCUGAAGAACGCUAUGCUUGGCUUGCGAAUAUCCGUGACAUAGAUGGCCAUCCUCCUGGCCACCCAGACUAUGACCCUCGUACAAUUUACAUCCCUCCUCUGGCCUGGUCCAAGUUCUCUCCCUUUGAGAAGCAGUACUGGGAAAUUAAGCAGAAGUUUUGGGAUACAGUUGUGUUUUUUAAGAAGGGAAAGUUCUACGAGCUCUAUGAGAAUGAUGCUACAAUUGGACACCAGUUGUUUGACCUGAAGCUUACUGACCGUGUUAAUAUGCGCAUGGUUGGAGUCCCCGAGAUGAGUCUGGACCAAUGGGCAAACCAAUUUGUCGCAAAGGGAUUCAAGAUUGCUCGAGUGGAUCAGGCGGAAUCGGCCCUCGGGAAAGAAAUGCGUGAGAGAGAUGGCGGGAAGAAGACCGGGGGAAAGGAAGACAAGAUCAUUAGACGAGAACUGGCAUGUGUCCUCACAGCCGGUACGCUCGUUGAAGGCUCUAUGCUUCAGGAUGAUAUGUCCACUUUCUGUGUUGCCAUUAAAGAGGCGAUUAUCGAGGAUCGCCCAGCGUUUGGCUUGGCCUUUGUUGAUACUGCAACGGGUCAAUUCUUUGUCUCCGAGUUCGUGGACGAUGUAGAUAUGACCAAGUUCGAAACCUUCGUUGCUCAAACGCGGCCACAAGAACUGCUUCUCGAGAAAUCAACCAUCUCACAGAAGGCUUUGCGUAUCCUGAAAAAUAACACCGGCCCAACAACGAUCUGGAACUAUCUCAAGCCAGGCAAGGAAUUCUGGGAGGCCGACAUCACUGUGAAAGAACUUGAUGUCAGUGAGUACUUUUUGUCAGAUGAUGGUGGUGAUAACCUGGACGCAUGGCCCAAAGUUCUCCGGGAAGCUCGCGACAAGGAGUUGCUGAUGUCCGCAUUUGGAGCUCUGGUCCAAUACCUUAGGCUCUUGAAGAUUGAGCGCGAUCUGAUUACCAUUGGCAACUUUUCUUGGUACGAUCCAAUCAAGAAGGCUACCAGUCUGGUCCUGGAUGGCCAAACUCUUAUAAACCUGGAGAUCUUUGCCAACUCCUUUGACGGUGGCUCUGACGGGACUCUGUUCCAGCUUCUGAAUCGCUGCAUCACUCCGUUCGGUAAGAGGAUGUUCAAGCAGUGGGUGUGUCAUCCGUUGAUGGAUGCGAAGAAAAUCAAUGCCCGGUUGGAUGCUGUCGAUGCUCUGAAUGCAGACCCAACUGUUCGCGAUCAAUUCUCAUCCCAGCUCACCAAGAUGCCUGAUCUUGAACGUUUAAUUUCCCGGAUCCACGCUGCCAAUUGCAAAGCGCAGGAUUUCCUACGUGUGCUAGAGGGCUUUGAGCAGAUCGAGUACACUAUGAGUCUCCUGAAGGAUAGCGGCUCGGGCGAGGGAGUUAUUGGACAGCUGAUUAGUUCAAUGCCUGACAUGACAGGAUUGCUGGAGUACUGGAAAACUGCCUUUGACCACUCCAAGGCAAGGGACAGUGGAGUCUUGGUGCCCAAACUAGGAGUAGAGGAAGAUUUUGACAGCUCCCAAGAGGUAAUCGAGCAGCUUCACCAAGGCCUCGAAGAUCUUUUAAAACGUGUCCGACGUGAGUUGGGAUCCUCAGCCAUUUGCUAUAAAGACAAUGGCAAAGAAAUCUACCAACUUGAAGUCCCGAUCAAAGUGAAGAACGUCCCCAAAGCCUGGGACCAAAUGUCAGCGACCAAGCAAGUCAAACGAUACUACUUCCCUGAACUGCGAACUCUUAUUCGACAGCUACAAGAGGCACAGGAGACCCACGCUCAGAUCGUUAAGGAAGUGGCCCGGCGAUUUUAUGCGCGAUUCGAUGAAAAUUAUUCUACGUGGCUCUCGGCUGUCCGGGUCGUGUCACAGCUGGACUGCUUGAUAAGUCUAGCGAAGGCCUCAUCCACCUUGGGUGAGCCAAGCUGUCGUCCUGUUUUUGUUGAUGAUGAGCGAAGUGUCCUCCAGUUUGAGGAACUUCGGCAUCCUUGUCUUCUCUCUUCUGUUGAUGAUUUUAUCCCUAAUGAUAUUCAAUUGGGUGGCAGCGCUCCAAACAUUGACCUACUAACGGGCGCGAAUGCUGCCGGAAAGUCUACUCUCCUGCGAAUGACCUGUGUUGCUGUUAUCAUGGCACAGAUCGGCUGCUACCUGCCUUGUAAAUCAGCACGACUUACUCCAGUCGACCGUAUCAUGUCCCGUCUAGGCGCCAACGACAACAUUUUCGCAGCUCAAUCUACGUUCUUUGUCGAACUUUCCGAGACCAAGAAGAUUCUGUCCGAAGCAACCCCCCGUUCGCUUGUUAUCCUGGAUGAACUAGGUCGUGGAACCAGCUCGUACGAUGGAGUUGCCGUAGCUCAGGCGGUCUUACACCAUGUGGCUACCCACAUCGGGGCCUUGGGUUUCUUUGCCACUCACUACCACUCUCUCGCUGCCGACUUCGAAGGACAUCCCGAGAUUGCACCCAAGCGCAUGAAGAUCCAUGUUGACGAUGAGGAGAGACGAGUCACUUUCCUCUAUAAACUCGAGAAGGGCGUCGCAGAAGGUAGCUUCGGCAUGCACUGUGCCGCUAUGUGCGGCAUACCAAACAAGGUCAUUGAAAGGGCCGAGGUUGCUGCCAAGCAAUGGGAGCACACGAGCCGCCUCAAGGAGAGUCUUGAGCGUCGCAAGGGUGGUGGUCUCAUCGGUCUGGGCUGGUGGAGUGAUAUUGCCUGGGCUCUUCGCGACACGACCCAAGACACCAGUACUGCCCAGGCAGACGCUGAGGUCGUUGAAACUACUGACAGAAGUUUAGAGGUUCUUCGGAGAGCUAUUGAGGCACUGUGAUUCCGCAUGACUUGUCUGUGUUUGUGAUUUAUUCAAAACUUGUUUGUGGUGAGUAAUAUAUUUAAUCCGCAUGUCCGCGCCGAGAUUGAGUUGUUUUCAGGCCAGGUUUAGGAGUUUCGGGUGUACUUGAAGGUUUUUUUUUUUUUUUUUUUUUUUUUU